AUGAAUUUUUCAACAGUCAGUCUUCUCGCGACAGGAGUCGUCGGUGUAAUCGACUUUAUCGCUACAAUCCCAGCUAUCCUAUACAUGGACCGCUGGGGCCGCCGCAAGGUUCUGAUCAUCGGAGGUAUCGGUAUGAGUAUAUCCCAGCUCAUCAUCGCCACUCUCUACGCGGUAUACCAAAAUUCCUGGUCAGAGCAUCCCGCAGCAGGCUGGGCUGCAUGCACCUUCGUGUGGGUAUACAUUGCCCACUUUGCAUUCAGUAUUGGCUGUGUUAAUUGGAUUAUUCCGUCUGAGAUAUUUCCUCCGGCUGUGCGUGGGAAGGCUGUUGGGUUGGCGAUUGCUUCGAAUUGGUUGUCGAAUUUUAUUGUGGCAUUGAUCUGUCCACGGAUGUUGGAGGCAAUCACGUUUGGGACGUUUUACUUUUUCCUUGCGUUUUGUCUUGUUUUGAUUGUUUGGGUGUAUUUCUGUCUUCCGGAAACUAAAGGUGUCUCGAUGGAACAGAUGGAUAACAUCUUCGGGGGAACUUCAGCUCGGGAAAAUCUCCAGCUGAUGGCUGAUAUUCGUAAUGAGCUUGGGUUGAGUGGAGAUGAAAAAGUCCUCGGCGGUAUGAAAUUUGAGGGUUCAGAUGCUGGUCAUGUUGAAAUAGUAUCUCGCGAGUGA